CUUUCAGCUGACCUCGUGGCUAGCUCAAAAUAUCAUUGAGCUGAAUUAAUAGUAGCACGUGUCCAUUGUGAUCUCGACCCGCAUCAUGAGUUUGCCGGUGGAACCUCUCGCCGAUUCGUUGGUCGCCGAGUAUUUAGCUCAGACCGGUCAAGCCCGCUUGAGCCAGGAGUUCAAGGCUAAACGUCGUUCUAAUCCUUUAGCCCAAAAUAGCCCUUCCUUGAAGGACAUCAUCGCUCAUUACAACCAGACGGCACCUGCCAAUAAGCGAUUGAAUCUGAGCCAGAAUCCUCAGGGCAAAUCGUCGUCCGAAGAUGAGUCGGAUUCCGAGGAUGAAGCUCCGACUAAAGCUAAAAACCAGGCCUCGCCCGCCGUGACCCGUUCCAAGGCUCAACAGAAAAAGUCGUCUUCUGAGGAGAGUAGCUCGGAAGAAGAUGAGCCGAGUGCCAAACCCGCGGUCAAACCUAACAUGGUUGCACCCGUGACGCCCAAGAAGAAGAAGGAAGAGUCCAGCUCUGAGGAAGAUAGUUCAGAGGAUGAGGAGGAAGAUAAGAAUCAGAAGAAGAAGAGCUCAGUGGCGGCCAAGUCUCCGGUGAAGAAGGUGGUGGUGAAAGCGGCUCCCAAGGCGAAAGAGUCUAGCUCAGAAGACGAAAGUUCGGAAGAUGAAGCGCCGGUUAAACCGGUGAAAAGAGUCGUGACGCCGGCGAAGAAAAAAGAAUCGAGUUCGGAAGAGAGUUCGGAAGACGAGGAAGAAGCACCCCAGAGCCAGAAACCUAAGGUCGUUUCGUCCAAGAAAACCGUGGCAGUGGUCACGAAAAACAAAGAUGCAAGCUCGAGUUCGGAGGACAGUGAAUCCGAGGAUGAGGCUCCUAAGAAGAAAGCCACCGUUCCAGUGGUCAAGAAGCCAGUGGCCAAACCGGCUCAGAAGGAGAGCUCAAGUUCUGAAGAAUCUAGCUCCGAAGAUGAAGCUCCCAAGAGAGCUGUGGCUGUCGUGGUCAAGCCCUCGGCCACCUCAGCUACUAAGAAACCCGGGCUGGCUGUCAAUAAAAAAGCCGAGUCGAGUUCGGACGACGAGUCGAGUUCCGAAGAUGAAGCUCCCAAGAAAAUCGUACCUCCUUCGGUGCCGAAACCAACCAGCAAAGCCGCAGCCAAGAAAGAGAGCUCAAGCUCAGAGGAAUCUAGCUCUGAGGAUGAAGCUCCCAAGAAGGCCCCGGCUGUAGCGGCUAAAAAGACCGUGGCGAAGCCCGUGGCCAAAUCAGCCAAGAAAGAGAGUUCUAGUUCCGAGGAUUCUAGCUCUGAGGAUGAAGCUCCCAAGAAGGCCCCGGCUGUAGCGGCUAAAAAGACCGUGGCGAAGCCCGUGGCCAAAUCAGCACAAAAGGAGAGCUCAAGCUCGGAAGAAUCCAGUUCCGAGGAUGAAGCUACAAAGAAGGCCCCGGCUGUAGCGCCUAAAAAGCCUACGGCGAAGCCCGCGGCUAAAACUGCGGCUAAGAAAGAGAGCUCAAGCUCGGAGGAAUCCAGCUCCGAGGAUGAAGCUCCCAAGAAGGCCCCGGCUGAAGCGGCUAAAAAAACCGUGACCAAACCUGCGGCCAAAUCAACUAAGAAAGAGAGUUCAAGCUCGGAGGAAUCCAGCACCGAGGAUGAAGCUCCAACUAAGGCCCCGGCUGUUGAGGCUAAAAAGCCCGUGUCGAAGCCUGCGUCGAAGCCCGCGGCUAAGAAAGAGAGCUCAAGCUCAGAGGAAUCUAGCUCUGAGGAUGAAGCUCCUAAGAAGGCUCUGGCUGCAGGAGGCCAAAAGCCCGUUGCGAAGCCUGCAGCCAAACCGACCAAGAAAGAGAGUUCAAGCUCCGAAGAAUCCAGCUCUGAGGAUGAAGCUCCCAAAAAAGCCGCAAAGGGAGCAGAUAAGAAGACAGCCAAGAAGGAGAGUUCAAGCUCUGAGGAAUCCAGCUCCGAGGAUGAAGCUCCCCCAAAGCCCGUUAACACGACCGCAACCAAACAAACCCCGGCCAAGACGGCUAAAAAGGACGAGUCAAGUUCUGAAGAAAGCAGCUCGGAGGAUGAAUGUGCCCAAAAGCCCGCGACACCUGCGGCCAAAAAGGUUCCGGCCAAAAAAGAGAGCUCAAGUUCAGCGGAAUCCAGCUCUGAAGAUGAAGCUCCCAAGAAGGCUAAUGCUCCUCCGGCCACCCUCACUCCCUCUAAGCCAACUAAAGCAAAGCAGAGUAAUUCUGAAGAUAGUUCCGAGGAUAGCUCGGAUGAUGACGAACCUCCAAAGAAAGUAGCCAAGACUACUAGUACUCCAAUCGUCACGAAACCCGUCACGAACAAAGACGAAUCAAGUAGUAGCGAUGAUAGCUCAGAUGAGGAACCCACCGCAAUGACCACACCCAAGGCUAAGGCGAGCAAACCAGCGGCUGAGAAAAAAUCAUCAUCAGAGGAGUCAUCUUCCGACGAGGAUGAAGCUCCCAAAUCCAAACCUGCCGCAGAACAUACUUUCAAGACCCCGCAAACCGGCACCAAACGAAAAGCCGAAUCGAGUUCCGAGGCCUCUUCUGACGAACAGAUCCAGGCUCCUCCACCUGCAAAGAAGUUUGUCAGUUCCACUCCACGUCCAGCCAGUAACGGUGUGCCCAAGCAAGAGAGUGAUAGUGGCAUCGAGGAUAUGCCCAAGCAUAAGAAGCCGAACACGCCAUUCCGACGAAUUGACACCCUGAAUACGACCAUCGAGAAGGCCGAACUUGCCGAUAAUUCAUUCAAGAGCUUCGACACGUGGGGGGCCAAGGCUAGCCGUGAUCUCAUUGUGACCAAAGGAAAGAGCUUCAAGCACGAAAAGACGAAGAAAAAGAGAGGUAGCUAUCGUGGUGGACAGAUCAAUGUGGGUGUGAAUAGUAUUCGAUUCGACUAGCUUCUGUUUUCAAUUGGGGCUCCUGUAUCCAGCACUUUGUGGGAAUAAAGAUAUUUUAUCGCAA